UGCUCAGUUUGUUCUCAGAGCAGAUCGGAGUCCAGAGAGGAAGGAGGAAUUACAGUUAUCAUGUGGGUAUCAUCACUCAUCGUGCUUUGGGCAGUGGCCUUUGUUGGCAGCGCUGAUGAUCACUGUCCAGAGGUAAAGGUCAUAGGACUUGGAGACUCGGAUAAACUGACUAUUCUCAGAGGAUGUCCUGGUCUUCCUGGAUCUCCCGGUCAAAAAGGAGAAGCUGGAGCCGCUGGUGUGACAGGAGAAAAAGGAUAUCCAGGGAUUGCAGGAAAAUCUGGUCCUCCAGGUGAAAAAGGCGAUAAUGGCUUAAGGGGAGAGAAAGGAGAAAAAGGAGACAAAGGCGACUCUGGAGUACCUUCUUUGUAUGAUGCGAAAAACUGCAAGGAAAUCCUACAGCAGGGUGAAAUUCUAAGUGAUUGGUACACCAUACAUCCAAAUGAUCAGAAGCCCAUGAAAGUGUUGUGCGAUAUGCAUACCGAUGGAGGAGGCUGGAUUGUCUUCCAGAGACGUUAUGAUGGCUCUGUUGAUUUUUUUCGUGAUUGGAAAUCCUUCAAAAAUGGCUUCGGGAGCCGUCUGACUGAGUUCUGGCUGGGAAACGACAAUCUUCACAUGCUGACGUCAUCAGGCACCUGGGAAUUGCGGAUUGAUCUAUAUGCCCCGGACAACACAAAGCAUUUUGCCAAGUAUGCAUCCUUCCAGGUUCUGGGAGAGGCUGAGAAGUAUAAAUUGUUGCUUGGAGCUUUCACUGAGGGAAAUGCAGGAGACUCCCUGCGUACUCAUGCAAAUAUGCCGUUCGCCACAAAGGACAACGACGUUACUGCAUCCAAAUGUGUCAACCUGUAUAAAGGAGGGUGGUGGUACAAUAACUGCCACAAUUCAAACCUGAAUGGGCUUUAUCUGCUGGGGCCUACCAGCUCCUACGCUGACGGUAUCAUCUGGAGCACCGGAAAAGGCUACAAUUAUUCCUACAAGAUAUCUGAAAUGAAGAUUAGACCAAUCUAAUGACACCUAGA